AUGAAUGAAGACGUGGAUAACACGAGUGGCAGCGGGAAUUACAUCGAAAUGUGUCCCCCCGAAACGACAAUGUACAGGUACCUGACGACGGUGCUGCACCUGGUGCUGCUAGGGAGCAUCCUAGGACUGGUGAGCAUGGGCUUAUACUUCUUUUUAACCCCCUGUGAGGAGUGUGAUUAUUACAACCGUGUGUUGGCGAUAGCUAUAUGGGUUAAAACCAUCUGUCACGUCCAUUUAACAAUUGUGAGGAUAAAGAAAAGAGAAGCAAUAGAAAAUAAUGAAGGGCUGAAAAGUCUGGUGAUAUAUUUAAUUAAAAUAUUUAACUCCUUAACUUUGCUGUUGGUGUUGUCAUGUCUUCACCUACUCCAUUUUUAUAAAAACAAAUGUUCCUUUAGCACAGUAGCUUUGAAGUUUAUAAAAAUAUAUUAUUAUGUUACCAUCACGUUGUACUUUGUACCCCUGCUGUUUUAUAUUUGCCUAGGGUUAUUCCUGUCCAUAAUUAUUUGUGUCAUUGUAAAUUUGUCUGUUGAUGAAAAUGAUCGAAUUCCGACACCAGAAAAUAUUAUAAGUAAAUUGACUGUCUUGAAGUAUAGCGAUAUAGACUUUGUGCUUAUUUUUCAUAAGGUCAAGAGGGUCAUGCAGAGGAAAGACAAUAGAGAGGAAAAGGAAAAAAAAAAAAAAAAACUCAGAGAUGGUUUGGGUGUAACAAAUGCAUCCCUCCAUGGUGAUGAUCAAGUGGGGGAAGUGCUAAAUCCUCUUAAGGGAAGUAAUGAGUCAAAUGACCAUUAUGACCUUUUUGUUAAUAGGGGAGAGACCCCGGGGGAAGUGCCUUUCCCUGGCUCGGAGGAACCGUCCAAUGGGCUAGACAGUUCGCAUCACGGGGGGGACAACGAUCACGUGGAAGGUUACGGGGACGGUUGCGGGGACGAUGAAGAGAUCUGUUCCAUAUGCAUGAUGAACUAUGUGCGCAGCGAUGAUGUCAUGAUGAUGCCCUGCGACAAGCGGCACUUCUUCCACGUGGGAUGUCUUACCAAGUGGCUGUACAAAAGCCAAGCAUGUCCCAUCUGCAGAACCAAUAUUGUCAGCUGCCUCAACGCGCAGGGUGAAGUUGUUUGA